UUCAAAAUAAUUGUUUUUAACAUAUUGAAUAAUACUAAUAAUCUCAUUAUGUAUUAUUAAUAUGUAUGCCAAUCAAAUUAAUAUAUAACCUAUACUAUAUAUACUAUACUCCUUUAAUUUCUCAUAAACAAAUAUAUUUACAAAUACAACAUGUAUUGUUAUUAACAGUUAUUGAAGCUACCAAAAGUAAGAGAAUGAAGACUAGAAGAUAUUUUUGACAAACCUACAAUCGGUAAUGCAGUUAUUUUAAUGUGAAAUGUGUAGUGACAGAACAUUUCUUAAGUAUUAUAAAUAAUAAUAAUAUCAUGCAUUAUUAAUAAGCUAUAUCAAAUUAGCCACGCCCUCAAGAGAAAAGUCAUAAUGUUGUUCAUUAAUCCAUUAUUAUUACCUAUUAGGCGUUAUUAUAUUAACAAGAACACAAAAUAUAAGCGGUAAUGCAGUUAUUUGAAUGUAAAAUGUUCAGUGACAGAGCAUUUUUGAAACAUUAUGAAUAAUAAUAAUAAUCACAUCAUGCAUUAUUAAUAGGCUACAUCAUACAAGCCACGCCCUUAUAUAUUUACUAUCGCGAAAAGGCGCCUUUAAUUCGCUAUUGAACGUUAUGAUCACAUGUAUAUUAACAAAAACAACACUUAUUGUAAUUUAUGAUCGUGAUUUUCUCACAUAAGUGAAUGUUUGUCUCUGAGGAGGUUUAAAUAAACGAGGGGCUGUGGAGGAAUUUCUCCUCCGGCGCUGAAAAAGUGGGAAGGGCUGAACUGAACACGCGCUUUUCGGCUUUGGAUGUUGAUUCCUUCAUUGAAGGUCCUAGUUCUUCACAUAAAUCACUUUAUUUGACUGUUUCCAAUUAUAAUCAUCACAAUAAACUGAUAACUCGUCGCGGUUAUGGGUGGAAACAGCAGCUCGCGCCACGUUUCUCUCGACGAUGAGGAGGGUGUUACAUUCGUCAAGGGCAUUCGGCUUUCAGAGCGAGUGAUUGAUCGCAUGAAGGAGUCUCCUCAUGUGCAAACUUCAACCAAAACCUCCACGCAGUCAGAAAACACUAAGCGUUCGGUUCCAGAUGAACGUCAAGUACCUAUAAUGCCUCAUCCUCCCUCGUACGCCAGUGCACUGGUCUCUUCUGAGCCACCAGCAUCUUCAGUUCCUGUGAUUGAAGAAACAUCUACACCAGCUUCACCUGUGGGUCAUACAACAGGUGAUGCGCAUGUAGUUUUGCCUGCUGAACCUAUAAAUAUUCCUUCAACAAGUGACUCAAUAACACCUCCUCAACUACCUAGUGCACCAGUUGAACCCUUCACUCCAGUUUUAACCACUACGACUGAUCCUGAAUCUAAUACAACUCGUCCAAUCACAGACUCGCUUGCAUCUUCUGUUGAACCUGUAGUUGUGCAGAAUGAAGGUCUUGUUGCUGAAUCUACUACACUAUGGUCUUCUGAUUUACCUGUCGAGAAUUCACACUUCCCAGCCUCCAUUCCCGAUUCCUCAAGUUCUACUGUAGUUUUGCUUGAUGAAACGUCUUCCAAUGCAAUGGAUGUGUCUGGAGAAUCUCCUGUUUCUUGUCUUAUGCCAGUCGAGGAACCUGUUGUGCCUUCAAUCAGUGGCCAAGUCUUUCCAUCACAAGCGCACGUCGAUGAAGAAAAACUCAGGAAGGAAAUCAGAGAAGAUCUUCUAAAGCAGAUGAGUGAGGAGAUGAAGACGGCAGAGCUCAACAUCCGACAACAACUGGAUAAAGAAAAAGCGAAAGCUCUGUCUCAGGCUCAAGCCACUGCACGACGGCAGAUUGAAGAAGAAGUGAAGAAGCUUCUGGAAGAGGAGAAAACAUCUCAACAACAGACUCUAGCGGACGCCAUCAGGAGAGAACAGCUGAGUGUUCAGGAUGAGCGUCUCAUUACACAGUAUUAUGCUCAGAAGCUUGAAGAAAAGGAGAAGGACCUGAAAAACCAGGACGAUUUAUUUCGGCAGCAGAUUGCAAAGAUGGAAGAAAAGAUGUCUAAAUUCACUAAAGUCACUUCUGAAAAUUACAAGAAAGGUUUAGAGGACGCACAAAACCGAUUCAGGCGAUAUCGAAUCAAGCCCGUGUGUUCAGAUCUCCAGAGUCAGAUCUUGAAGUGUUACGCUGAGAAUAAAGGACAAACUAUGUGCUGCUCCAACAUCGCGUCGCUGUACAUCCAGUGUGUGGACCGCGCCAGACAGGAUGAAAAGUUGAGCACUGGAGGUUGAGUUACCGGCCUGAACAGGAGAAUAAAAAUGGGUCAUCACAUUGAAAACACAUCUAAAUCAGUACCAAACCUUUGCUUUAACUGUUUAAAGCGCACCGUGCAGAAAAUCAUCUUGCAAACAUCAUAAGGGAAUCAUACCUCAGUGGAAAAAAUGGAUUUUUACAUAUUUAUACAUAUCUUUAGGAACGAGAGCCGUGAUUAUUACCUCAUGAAUUAUUACCUCAAAAUAUUUCAGACUCUUUCAACUGUGAAGUUUUCUUCUUUCUUUCUUGUUUGCAUGACUAAAGAUUCUAAGCAAUGCACAAUCUGAAAGCUGCAGUCUGAUGUUGGUUUUGCAUAGACGAACUUUAGUGCCUUUUGCUUUGAAAUCUCUAUUUCUUAGACAAGUUUAUUUGACUUUUUAAUAGCAGAGCUGGCUUUGGAUUCAGAUUUGUCAAAGGAAAAAUGCUGUUUAAAUUGCAGAAUGCAUAUGUUUGUGCCACUUGCAGAUCUGUGUUCAUUUGUUUUAGCAUCUUUACAUUAAAAAACAUUUUGAUUUUGA